AUGCCUACGUCGAGGAUUUCGCAAUGAAAGUGAUGACUGAAGGGGGUGCAGACAAGCUUGCUCGCUUGCUGGUGCGCAUGCCAGACAAACAGGUGGCUCACCUCGUCACAUCACAAUCGCUGACACAGCGAUCCGGAUAUAUCGAGAGAGGCAUCAAUCAUAAGCUAGUAAGAGGGGCUUGUGAACGCCUGGACAAUAUGGUGAUGUGGGUCCUAGAGGCAACGAUGGGGCUCAGAGAUACCGAAGACGAAGAAGAGUUCUUCCAAGACGACUGCCAGCCUGACCGCUUCAAGUUAAAGCCCUAUCAACAAGCCCAGGCACGCCUGUCGACAGGAGCCCGAGGACUAGGAUUACCAGCAGCGGUUAUGCGAAGGUUCUCAGCUUCUCUGGGCAACCUAGUCGGCACCCUUCCUGCGGUUAUAGCCGCGUUACGGGGUCCAUUGGGAGAGUCGGUGAGAGUUCGGAUACCGGGAACCGUGUUGGUGGAGCGGAUGGGGGACGCUAUCAAAGAACUCAACCAGGAGCAUGGAGUAUCGGUGGAGGUUCUGAAGGGGAUCCUUCCCCCGUCAUGGGUUGAGUGGGCCUUAGAACCGCCAGGAGAAACCGGAAGGCGUCAGCCCACCGUUGCAGAAUUGGCAGCACACGAUGGGGAAUCUACUACGCCGAGGAAAGCCUAGCACGAACUGGGCAAGGCGGUUAACAAGAUACAACUUGAAAAGUUCAUGGAGUCUCUGGAGCACCUCCCUCAGGAGGCGGUACCACCCACGAGGGANACUUGAAAAGUUCAUGGAGUCUCUGGAGCACCUCCCCCAGGAGGCGGUACCACCCACGCGGGACAACCCCUACGGAGGUCAAGAGGCCAGGAACAUGGCAUACGCACGAACGAGAAGCUCGCAAGGGCAAGGGGGGCACGCGUUCCUGAGAGCGGCUCCCACCGACCGAGCUCGAGAGAUUCCAUCGAACGAAUCCGUCUACGCGACGAGACGCGCCUUGGGAGUUUAAGAAUUCUUGGCGGAAAGAUGUCCCAGGUGUCACAGAGGCAGGGAAGGCGAGAUCAUCACAACGGUGCACGCAAGGAUCUGUCCAAGGGAUGGAGCACCGGUCAACAUGCACGAGCCGUUAAAAUACGCACUAUCGAGAGCACUCAACGGCCUUCGCGUCGAACACGACGUUGAAAGCGGGGCACUGUUCACGGGGGAAAGAACCCUGAGCAUGGACAUCGUCAUCAGGCCAGGAGCCCUCACGAACGCAUCUUCUCCGGGGUACCGCAACAAAGGAAUACUCCUCGAUGUCACACACGCAGACCCGCAAGCACAGGUACACUUGCGGAACGGCAGCGCGACCAGCGAUGGAAUCGCAGCCCAAGCAUCCGAGGCGCGAAAGCGUCAGCACUACGCUCGUCCGGGACACGUGUCCUUUGACGAACGCAGCUUUAAACUUACCACCUUAGCCGUGGAAAGCUUUGGCCGCCUUGGAGAGGAGGGGUUACGAGUUCAUCGAUGAACUUGCGACACAUGCCGUGGGAGGAAGGGACGGAGGAACGAUGGCUCUGAAAGGAGGCUUCAAGGAACGACUUCUUCAGAUGUUUCGGUGGCUACACAGGUGGCCAUAUCUCGGCGAGUGCAGAGGUACAAGCUCGCAUUGCGCGGGCGUCAAGACGCCGAAAACAGGCGAACAAGAUCGACCUCGGACCAGUCAACGCCAAUGAUAUGGGGAUGGAGUGUAGACGCAUCGUAGAACGCGUUUUCGUUUGAAGUUGGCGUCUUGUUUGAGAGUAGAUGUGAUAGAUUUGCGUAGAAUAGGGUAAGAUAUUAUCAUGAACGGAGAAGAAAGGGCUUUUCCAACACGGAGAUGUAGCAUGGAUCAAAGCAUUUGUUGGAUUUCAGCUUUUGCAAGAGGACAUCAACGCAGUAGUAUUUUAGCAAGCUUACGAACGCAUAUAGGAUACCAUGAGGAUUGUCAUUGGUUUUAUUUCAAGUUGAAGAGGAGAUAUUUUUACGAUGUAAGUGACAGUAGAAAUAAGUCCUACAUAUGUUGUUGAACUUCGUAUUGGUUUAAUAUUCAUGUAGAGUAUGAGACAUUAAGUGAAAGUUUUCUGAGGUACAUCUGCAAUUGUCGGAAGGAAAAA